AGAAAGGAGAAUCUAACCUAAAACCUUAAGUGCACGGAUAAAUAUUCUUAAUCGACUGAGGUACAAGCUCAUUGCUUUGUGGAACUGAUUUUUAUAAUAGAGCAAAAAGGAUUUCAAACAGAAGCCAUCAAGUUCCAAAAGAAAAGAAAAAUACUAUCUUGGAAAAAAGAAAAAAAAAAUUACUGCACGAAUUGGAAAUUACGCUCCUGGACGUUAGGAACUAACGCAACACAAUUCAAUAAAAUUAUGAUUAAAUAUUUUUUUGUCAUUGAGUUUUAUACAAAUUUCAGUUUAGUCAUUGAAAUAAAUUUACUUCAAUUUUUUUAUUUAUCAAAUUUUAUUUUAAUUAUUCACUGAAUUUAAAAAAAAAUUGUGAAUUGGAAAUUACACUCCAAGACAUUAGAAAUAGAAAGUAAUGCAACACCAGUAAAUAAAAUUAAUAAUUCCAAUCAGCAAUGCCACCAGUUUCCUGAUUCCUCGUUUUUUUUUUUUGUUUUUUUAUUUUCUGUUAUACUUUUACAUUAAACUCAAAGGAGGGGCAAUCUCGAUUCUCUCUACCCCAAUUUCCACCACAAGGAGGACGCCAACCAAUAACUUGGCCAAUCGCCAGAGAAUGAGGAUAGUAGGACUGACAGGUGGAAUUGCAUCCGGGAAGAGCACGGUCUCAAAUCUCUUCAAGGCCCAUGACUUUCCCGUCGUUGAGGCAGAUCUUGUUGCUCGUGAUGUAUUAAAGAAGGGCAAAACUGGGUGGAAAAAGGUUGUUUCAGCAUUUGGAGAUGACAUUUUACAACCUGAUGGAGAAGUUGAUAGGCCUAAACUAGGCCAAAUUAUAUUCUCUAAUCCCGAAAAGCGCAAACUUCUGAAUCGAGUGCUGGCUCCUUACAUAUGGUUUGGAAUCUUUUGGGAAGUUUUGAAGCUAUGGAUGGAGGGGUUUAAGAUUAUUGUUGUUGAUGUUCCUCUAUUGUUCGAGGCCAAGAUGGAAAAAUGGACAAAGCCCAUUGUUUUGGUAUGGGUUGAUUCUGAAACACAGCUCCAGAGACUCAUGUUGAGGGACAGUACAAGUGAGGAUGAUGCUCAGAACAGGAUAAAUGCUCAGAUGUCACUUGAUUUGAAAAAGACCAAGGCAGACCUAGUGAUUGAUAAUACUGGUUCACUAAAGGAUUUAAGAGAACAGUUUCGCAGUAUCUUAGUUAUCAUCACGAAGCCCUUGACGUGGACUGAAUUCGGGUUCUCUAGACGAGGUGUCGCGCUGUUUCUUCUCUCCAUUGUUGUAGGUGUUUUGAUGUACUUUCAGAGAAGUUUAUAUACUAGUAGUUUAUAGCAACCUUGGAAUUGUACUUGGUUGAGAUCUUGAUCUAAAUCUCUCCCUCUUUGAUAGAAUAAGAACCUUCACUCUGUUUUGUAGCAACAAUGAAGAAUGAUUUUUUGCAUCACUG